GCGCUGGAGCAUGUCAAUGCCCGGCUUCUUGAGCUGUACCCUGAUGAUGAAGAACGAUUUGAUAUUGUUCUGAUGACCAAUAACCAUGCCCAAGUGGGAGUGAGACUCAUAAACAGCAUCAAUCACUAUGGCUUAACAAUUGAACGUUUCUGUAUGACGGGAGGAAAAAGCCCUAUUGGUUACCUGACUGCGUACCUUACAAACUUGUACCUCUCAGCAGACUCUGAAAAAGUGCAAGAAGCUAUAGAAGCAGGCAUUGCAUCAGCUACGAUGUUCACUGCCAACAAAGAUGUUGCUUACUCGGAUACACAGUUGAGGGUGGCAUUUGAUGGGGAUGCGGUUCUCUUUUCCGAUGAAUCAGAACAGAUUGUCAAAGAGCAAGGAUUAGACAGAUUUUUUGAACAUGAACAGCUGAAUGAAAAUAAGCCACUUGCACAGGGUCCUUUGAAAGGUUUUCUGGAAGACCUAGGGAAACUCCAGAAGAAGUUCUAUGCAAAAAACGAACGAUUAAAUUGUCCCAUAAGGACCUUCCUGGUCACAGCCAGAAGUGCGGCGAGCUCUGGAGCCAGGGUGCUGAAGACUCUUCGUAGCUGGGGUCUGGAGAUUGAUGAGGCACUUUUCCUAGCAGGAGCUCCUAAAGGACCGAUCCUGGUAAAAAUCCGCCCUCACAUUUUCUUUGAUGACCAGAUGUUUCACAUCGAAGGAGCACAGAAAUUAGGCACCAUAGCUGCGCAUGUUCCCUAUGGCAUUGCUCAGAAAUACCACAAAUCUGCAUGACUGGAUGGCACCAUUAACGAUAAGGUUCUUAACUCAGCCAGCCUCUAAUAUACCAACAGUUAUGUCUGAAAACCUCUACAUUUGUAUAUUGUAAGCACUAUGUUUAAAGAUUUAACUGCUGGCUAGAACAGCCUUUAAAGGAAAUAUUUUUAAUAUAGGUAAGUUUUUAAUAGAGUUAUUUUAAUAGCAUUCUUAAGCAGUUUAGGGUUUUUUACCCGUCUGGAUCUAACACUGUGGUUUUGAUAUUAGGAAAAGAUUUGUAAUGUUUUUAUAGCUUGAGACAUAUAUUGAGAGACGGAGAGAACAGUUAUAUUUUCUCUAAAAAACUGUUGAUGGGUUAUUUAUAACAAAAAUCAUGCUGCAAUGCUAGUCCUUGAUGGUUAUUUCUGAAAUUACCAAAAGCACAGUUUACAUGUAAGUGUUUUCCUGUUGGUGGUUUGCUUGUUAAAUAUGUGUUCAGUGGGUUUGUUAUCACAAGGUUUCAGCUUCCAGUGAAAUGUUAGCUUAUUUGAUCUUGUGUUUAUAGGAAUCCUUUAUUUUUUCUAUAUUAUUUUCCUAUUGUAAUAAAGCUGGCUUUACAG